UGUGACUAAAAUGCUAAGAACGAACCUUUUCCACAAUACAUAUACCUUUCGUUCACAAGAUUUAUAUUGGUGGACCUAUCCAAACAACCCAUGAUCCAAAAGACCUCAAAAAUUAAGGACAAUAUCUUCAUAUGAGCUCUACAACCAUGGCUUCUGCAAUUUCUACUCCAAUAUAUUUGUUCUCAUCAUCAUCAUCAUCAUCAGCAUCUGUGAGCAGGAAACCAGUCCUCUACACUCUAACUAAUUCUUCAAUUUCAUAUCCCCAAACCCCAAAUUUUCGUUUCUCCACAUGGACUCCUCAACUGGGUCUCGGUCCCUUUUCCCCUUGGUGUGGUUUAAAGCAUCUGGGUAUCUCAAUCUCGCAACAAUCUGUGAAAAUAGGAAUGAGGCGCAAAUGUAAAGGCAAGGCUGUGUACGCAUCUUUAUUUGGAGUUGGGGCUCCUGAAGCUCUGGUGAUUGGAGUGGUUGCUUUGUUGGUUUUUGGCCCCAAAGGUCUUGCUGAGGUUGCUCGGAAUCUGGGGAAAACUCUACGUGAAUUUCAACCUACAAUUAAAGAACUUCAGGAAGUUUCAAGGGAAUUCAAGAGCACCCUUGAACGAGAGAUUGGUCUUGAUGAAAUUGAAAGUUCGAUGAAAAACACUUACAGCUCCAAAACAAUCAGUACUACCUCAACACCUCCUGCAGUUACAAGCUCUAAGGAUGCUGAGAUGGUCGUUGACCCUAAUGGUACACCAUCUCCAAACAAAGCAUACUCGAGCGAAGACUACUUGAAGAUAACAGAAGAGCAGCUGAAAGCAUCUGCUGCCCAACAGCAGAAUCAGACACCCCCUCUAGGAGAAAGCCAGUCCGAAUCACAGAGUCAACCGCAAGGUACUGUUCAAGAAGCUGCUGCUGUGAAAUCUCCACAACCGAAGCCCGAAAACAACACAUAAAACUUUACAGUAGGUUGGAAAAAGUGCAGAAUUCAUUUUUUUUUUUUUUUACUAUUAGUGGAGAGUGUUCUUUUAUAGGCCUCUUUAAAAGACAGUGAAAAAAGGUUUGAGUGUGUUCUAUGCAUUUGUAGAAUAGGAUUUUGUAUACUAAAAACUAUUUUAGUGAGUCAAACCAAUUUUCUGUGCCAA